CACACCUGCUAUUGCUAUCGGAGCUGCUGCUGAACGUGGACGGAUCUUGCCGUGUAUGGUCUUCAUUUUUGUCUGGUCAACCAUUGUCUACAACCCUAUCGCAUGUUGGACAUGGAAUCCAAGUGGAUGGCUCUUCAAGCUCGGUUCCCUUGACUUUGCUGGUGGCUCGCCUGUGCAUCUGUCUUCUGGCACAGCAGCUCUCGCCUACUCAUACAUGCUCGGUAAGCGUCGCGAGCAUGGUGCGCGUGAGAUUGCCUACCGACCACACAACGUCACCCAUGUCGUGCUUGGAACUGUAUUUCUCUGGUUUGGCUGGCAGGGCUUCAACGGUGGCUCCGCGCUCGGCGCAAACUUGCGUGCUUGCAUGGCUCUCUUCGUGACCAACUUGGCUGCCGCUGUCGGCGGCCUUACCUGGAUGCUGCUGGACUACCGACUUGAACGCAAAUGGUCCACUGUUGGCUUCUGCUCCGGCGCAAUCUCUGGCCUUGUUGCGAUCACUCCUGCUUCAGGUUACGUUCCACCAUGGUCGGCUGUCGUCUUUGGUAUUGUCGGUGGUAUUGCUUGUAACCUGGCUACGAAGCUCAAGUACGUUAUGCGAGUGGAUGAUGCCAUGGAUAUUUUUGCUGUUCACGGUAUCGGUGCUGUGGUCGGCAACUUGAUGACUGGGCUCUUUGCAAAAAAGUCUAUUGCAGCUCUUGAUGGCGCUACAGUCAUUAGCGGUGGAUGGCUGGACAGCAACUGGAUUCAAUUGGGUUAUCAGCUCGCCGACACGGUCACCGUAUUCGCCUACAGUUUUGCUGUGACCUGUGCAAUCCUUGCCAUCAUGAACUACAUUCCAGGCCUUUCACUGCGUGCUUCAGAAGAUGCGGAGCGUCUAGGUAUGGACGAGGCUGAGAUUGGCGAGUUUGCAUACGACUAUGUUGAGCGUGCACGCGACCAUGCCCAUGUCGUGGUGAUGGAAGGCCAGCAUGUUUCUUCAAGCAACUCGAUGUCUGAGAAGACGGCCGACAAGGAAUCUGCUACCGCAGCUGCCUAGACUUCAAAGCAUCAUUCAAGCCUCAGGCGUUUUAUGUAUAAUUUAAUUUUCGACCAAUUGAUCAUUGACAGCGUGAAGCCUGUGCUGUAUGAGAUUUGGAGACA